ACCACUGAGAUGCGGAGACCUCCCCGGUCCUAGAGCGGAGCAGGAAGUGUCCCAGGGGAGGGAGCCGGAGGGCUUCGGCCUUUCCUUUCCUCAGCGUCCGGCGGGCUCCGGAGGCGGUCAGGCCUGUACGGCCCGCCAACUGGGACUUGGAGAGGAGGCGCCUGCAUUUGAUCCCACUUCUUCCCUCUUAAGCGGAGCCGUGGUUUUCUGGAUGAGCAGGAGACGGGGUCUUGGCUAGCCAGGGACAGAGUGGCCCUCGCAGAGAACCCGCCUCAGGAAGGACACCCGGGAGACCGGGCUGGAAGGAUGAGGAGCUGCCGCCGUAGACUUCCGCCGCAGGAGGGCUUUGAGGUAGACGCUGAGAAGGAGUUCCAUGCUGUGAGCUCGUUUUGUAAAGGUCUCAAGGGCAAGGACGGUGACUUUGACUCUGAAGCCUCAAGAUAGCGGCCUUCUCAGCUCGUCCAUUUCAGGUCCCUUCCAGGAGGACCUGGCCAUCGAAGGGUCGUCUUCUGCUGCUGACCCCCAUCAAAUCCCAUCAUGCCCACAGCCCUGUGCCCCCGAGUCUUGGCUCCAAAGGAAAGUGAGGAGCCCAGGAAAAUGAGGAGCCCACCGGGAGAGAACCCUUCCUCCCAGGGUGAGCUUCCCAGUCCCGAGUCCUCCCGCCGCCUCUUCCGACGUUUCUGCUACCAGGAGGCUGCAGGCCCCCGGGAGGCCCUACACCGCCUCUGGGACCUGUGCCGGGGCUGGCUGCGACCUGAAAGGCACACCAAGGAGCAAAUCCUGGAGCUGCUGGUGCUGGAACAGUUCUUGGCCAUCCUGCCCCGGGAGGUCCAGGGCUGGGUGCGAGCCCAGGAACCUGAGAGUGGUGAUCAGGCUGUGUCCGCUGUGGAGGCCCUAGAACGAGAGCCGGGGAGACCCUGGCAAUGGCUCAAGCACUGUGAAGACCCUGUGGUGAUUGACGAUGGGGACAGCCCUCCAGACCAAGAGCAAGAGCAGCUGCCAGCAGAGCCCCACAGUGACCUUGCAAAGAGCCAGGAUGCCCAGCCCAUAGCUCUGGCUCAGAGCCCUGGGCUUCCAAGCAGGCUCUCAGGCCAGCUCAGCGGGGACCCAGUCCUGCAAGACACUUCCAUUCUUCAGGAAGCGAGUUUGAGGGACGCACAGCAGGUGACUACCUUCCAGCUACCCCCGAACCGGGUUUCUCCUUUCAAGGAUAUGAUCUUCUGCUUCUCAGAAGAGGACUGGUCCCUUCUAGACCCUGCUCAGACUGGCUUCUACGGAGAGUUCAUCAUUGGAGAAGACUGUGGGGUCUCACUGCCUGCAAAUGAUGCAGCUGCCCAGCUGGAUCUCUCCCAGGGAGAAGAGAAUGAGCCACGUGUUCCAGAGUUGCAGGACUUCCAGGGGAAGGACAUGUCCCAGGUCUCCUACUUGGGCUUUCCAAGUCUCCAGCCAUUCCAGGUAGAAGAAAGAAGAAAGCGGGAUGAGCUGCAGGUGCCGGAGUUCCAGACAAGCCAGCAGACAGUGCUCCCUCAAAGCACCUGCCCAGUGGGAGGUGAUGCACCAUUCCCUGAGAACAGCCUGGAUGAGGAGGUGACGAUUGAGAUUGUGCUGUCCAGCUCCGGAGAUGAGGAUUCCCAGCUCGGCCCCUACUGCACAGACGAGCCGCGGAGCCCCGCGGAGAAGCAGCACAGCCUCCCCACCUCCCACCGGAGCGGCAUUGAGGCAGCGGGUGAGGUGCAGACCUCCUCUAAAAAGUCCUACGUGUGCCCUAACUGUGGCAAAAUUUUCCGCUGGAGGGUCAACUUCAUCCGACACCUGCGGAGCCGCAGGGAGCAGGAGAAGCCACAUGAGUGCUCGGUGUGUGGGGAGCUGUUCAGUGAUAGCGAGGACCUAGAUGGGCACCUGGAGACCCACGAGGUCCAGAAACCGUUUAGGUGCGGUGCUUGUGGGAAGAGCUUCCGCCUCAACUCCCACCUGCUCUCACACAGGCGGAUACACUUGCAGCCAGACGGACUCGAGUUAGUGAAGAAGAGAGAACAGGAGGCGUCAGGGACCACGGGUGGGGAUUCUGACGACCCGCUGACAAAGGGCAAGGCCAAGCUACGCUGCCAGUGCUGUGAUUGCGGGAAGGUGUUCCAGCGGCCUGAGCACCUGGCCCGGCACCGCAGUAACAUUCACAUGGACAAGUCCCGGCCCUUUCAGUGCAGGUACUGCGUCAAAAGCUUUUCCCAGAACUCUGACCUCCUCCGCCACCAGCGCCUACACAUGAAGCGCCGGUCCAAGCAGGCUCUGAACUCUUACUGAGCCGGGGGCUUAGCAUACAAUUUUUGCGUGAAGCUCCAGCGUGGGUGGAGUGUAUCCCACUUGUGCUUGGCACUGCCCAGUUUUAGACUCCUCCCCAGGACAGAGACCACGUCCUCCUGACCUUUAACUCUCAGGUAGAAACGAGAUAGUGGCCAGUUAAGUAUUUGCUCCAGGAGAGUGUGUCAGCACCAGCUUUGACUUGCCCGUGUUUCGGGUCUAAGAGAACCCUGUUCAGGGCUUCCCACCUGGUGGAGGGACUAGGGUGCCCCCUACCACAGGGAACCUUUGAGGGGUCUGUCCCUUGCCAACUUGCAGUACACUCCCUUCCUGCCCCAUCUGAAUUCCUACCCCAUCCUGAGGUCUGGAGGUAAUUUCUCCCUACCUGACAGCAGGAAGCUGCAGGUGGGGUGAUGGGUUAGGAGGAAGGUGGGGCUGGGCCUCUUGGCACAAGGGCAGCAGGGCCAAGCACACCAAGCCAUGUCCCGUCAUCAGAAGUCUGUGUCCCAGGCACCAUCUGGUCCAUGAGAACACCUCAGAAUUAUCAGAUGGCCCUUCCAGGCUCAGAAGCCUUUGUGGGAGACUAUAGCUUGCCAAAAGGGAACUCUUUCUUUUAUGGUGGUGACUGGUUAUUGGGAAUUGUGAGCUCAUUCAAGGCAAAACCCACAUUAAGCCCACAUUUUAAUUUGUUUGUUGGCACACACUACAAAGAAAGUGUCCUUUCUUUGUACCCUGAAGGUCCUUGGUAUACUUGGCUGUGGGAUAGAAGUGACAGCAUCAUCUUUUGAAAGGCGCUUAACUUUCCCUUCCCCAUUGUAUCAUGUCUAGGAAAGGAGAGCUCAGGUCCCGUAAAGGAGAGCUCAGGUCCCAUGAAUGAGAAGUUUUUUUGUCUGGAUGAGCUGAGCAGGAGAAACAGAACCUUUGAUGAAGUCAUUCUAUAUAUAUAUAUAUAUAUAUAUAUAUAUAUAUAUAUAUAUAUAUAUAUAUAAACUUCAUGUGCCAGUUGUAUUAAUUCCUUAAGGCUGCUGUAACAAAUUACCAAAAGCUGGGUGGCUCAGAACAACAGAAAUUCAUCAUCUCAGUUCUGGAGGCCUGGAAUCCAAGAUUAAGGUGUCAGCAAGGUUGGAUUCUUGUAAAGGAAGGAUCUGUUCCUUGCCGCUCCUUUAGCUUCAGUGAUUGCUGACAAUUGUUGAUGUUCUUUGUCUUGUCGAAGCAUCACCCCACCUCCUCCUCGUCUUUACAUGGUGUUCCUGUGUAUGUGUCUGUCUCCAUAUUUCCCCUUUUUAUAAAGAUAACAGUCAUAUGGAGUAGGGCCUGCCCUAUUGAUUCCAGACUGUUCUCAUCUUAAUUAUAUCUGCAAUGACCCUAUUUCCAAAUAAGGUCACAUUGUGAGGUACUGGGGUUAGGACUUCAAUAUGAAUUGGGGGGAUGGGAAGACAAUUUAACCCACAACACUAGGUAAUCCUGAGGUUCUGCUGAUAUUUCUCAUUCUUAGAUGAAUUAGUGCAAAGUUGAUUUAGCUUACUCUGAGUUCCAUUGGAAGCAGAACUCAGAUUCAAGCUUCUGUUCCCAGGGUGGGGGAUCCUCUGCAGAAUACCCUUUAAAGUUCAUUGCCUGGGGUUCUGGACUGGGAGUGACACUGGUAGUGAAGCCUCAAGCAAUGAAAACCAUCGUCUUGAUCCUGAAAGACUGGUCAGAUUGGCUCAGCUCAGUGAUGAAAAAGCAUGGAAGCAGUGGUAUAUUGGUGGCUGAGUCAGAAAGCCGGCCACCAGGCCUGUGUUUUAUAUUUAUAUGUCAGGUCCCAUUAGCAGACAGUAAGGCCGGGCAAAUGAAUGCAAGACCCUUUGCUCUUUGUCACUUCAUUAUCACAUCAAGUGAUAACAAACCCAAUGAAAUAGUUACAGUUUAUAGUUAUGAUUACUGUGCCUGUAUAGGUGCAUCUAUAUACCCAGGAACAGUAAAUACAAUAAAAUAAUUUGCUUAUACCCUGAACAAAAAAUAAACUAUUGGGGCUCUUUGUUUUCUAAAUAGUUUGCCUCUUGGGUUGACCUUGCCAGAAAAGAGGAAAACAUGUAUCUUGAAGGACAAGGGAGGAGAAAAUUUCAAAUAGAGGCCAGAUUCUGUGAACAUUUCCCUACCCACCUAUGCACUCUUGCCCAACAAUUCCAUUAAGGGAGGAAGUUAUGAACUUACCCACUUUAGAUAUUUGUAUAAAAGAAGAAAACUGUUCUGUUUAGUAUAUUUUAUCUGUAAAAUCAGAUCAUAAGUAAGACAAAAGGGGAUGUAACAGAAUUGAAACCUAUGGGGAGGCUAUGCAUCUGAUCAGUACCCACCAAAUAUUGUGAGGGAGUAUCAAAUUCACUGAUGCAAACCUGACCAAGGUACCUAACUAAUCAGAAGUUCACCUUCCCCCUGGAUUCAGAAGCCCCUCUGGGUGGUGCAACUCAAAUCCCAGGUUCUUCCCAUGCAGAGGAACCAUUGGGUUCUGAAAAAAAGCUUCUCCAGAAGAUAGAACUGACCCACUUCAUCCUUCCUACCCUCCCUUCCUGGGUGGCUGGGCAGACAGAUGAGCUGUGUGUGUACCUUCCCAUGGAUGUUCAGAGACCCCACAUCCAAAAAGCAUCUGUCCUCCCUCUUCCUCUGAUUCCUUGGCAUUGUUCCCAUAAAUUCACAGGUGCAAAAUAAAAAUUUGACUUACUGAAUUAA